UUCACAUGCAAGACACGGGCGACAGUUUGAGCGAGUUGUAGAUCCCGCAUGUAAGAGCUGCCCUUUUACGGUUUUCUAACUAGAAAACUGCAACGUUGUUAAUAAGACACUAUAAAUCAACUUCCUCAUGAUGAAGCUAGAUGUCUGUGCCAGGCCAUGAGUCUGCACUGUAGGUUUAACACUGAGAUGUAGUGGGCUAACGGCAGGGAGUGAGGCGAUGGGCUGCACCUCAGCCAAGCAGUUGUCAGCUGUACCCAACGAGGACGAGGGCCAGGGCAAGGCUUACAGCAAUGGAGAUGCCUUUUCAGAAGAAUACAGAGCAAAGGGAGUGGACAAAGUAAAGUAUGCGCACGGUGAAGAGGACCAAGUGAAUGCAUGCAACCAGGAAAACCUGGAGAAAAGCACACUUUUGCAAAAGGGCAAACUAAAGGAUAGCCAGGGUGUUAAUGGCAACAAGAUAAGUAUCCACUCGUCUGAGAGCCAGCAGGAGUUUUUUAGGAUGCUGGAUGAGAAGAUCGAGAAGGGGCGGGACUACUGCUCAGAGGAAGAGGAUGUCACAUAGCACAGUUCUGAAUUUUUAUUCACUUCCUCUCAAGGCCUGAUUCCCGGUCUCUCGUCAUGGCCAACUUUCGUCUCCUCUCCUCUGCGAGCGCUCACAGGAUGAGCAAAAGCAAUAUGGUGCAAACACAACACUACUCCACCAACGCAUUGAGGCAAGGGCAAUUCUAACUGAUACAUGUUUUCUACGAAGCCCUUAUAGGUUUUGUGUACCAACACUUUGACAUACAUUUCAAUAGUAAUAUAUAUAUAUAUAUAUAUAUAUAUUAUAUAUAUUACUAUUAAUAUAAUAUAUAUAUAUUCAUUCCCCUAUUGUGUGGUAACACACAACUAUUGUGAGGUUGUGCAAAAGUGUUGGGAUAGAACACAAAAGCAAAGAGAACAACUGGUUCUCAGUAGUGUCCCCUCAGGGGCUUCGUCCGUCUGUCAGGAGAGGAGACGGGUCAAAGUUGGCCAUGGAAGAGUAGAGGGAUGGAGCUUUGGCAAAAGCCAUGUUCAGACUGUCUAGCUAUGCCCCUGCCUUAUCCUGUUGCUGCCUAUCUAGAAGAUUUGAGAGAGAAAGAGGAGUUGUUGUUGAACACUAAGGCAGUGCUGGACACCGUUCUUUUUGGCCAUGUUUGAUUUUGAACUUUUUGCAAGUGAUCAGGAUUUUUGUUUCUUUGUAGUUUUGAGAUGCUAAGUGAUGCCUUUUUGGGGAAGGGAGUACACCCCAGAUAUUUGUUACUGUUCCCAAGCACCAGAGCUAUUUUAUUUCAGAUAAAUGCCAUUCCAUUUAGCACUGUUACAUUCUUACAAUACAUUUAUAUUUAGUAAAGCACCCUAAAUGAAAAUAAUCAUUCUUGACUCAUUGGCUUGUAUUUCUGUUUCACUCAAAGACAGCAAUUUACUGUCAUUCCAAAGAAAUUCCCAUGCUGCACUCAUUCAUAGACAAAUAUUAGGUGACAGCUGGAAUUUCUAACCGGACAUUUUUCUUUCCUCUGGCCUUCAGUGAAACUUCUUGCGGUCAUUAUCUUGCGAGUUGUGUGGUCUUCAUCUGUACAUUUUUUUCUAGUCUUUUUUUUGUAACUUAUGCUCCACUUCUGGAUCAUGUGUGCAAAUCUCAGGACACUUGUGCUGUUCAGUAUUGACUGCGAUUUACUGUAGAAAUACACUUUACUAUCGGGAAAUUUCAGUUCUAGAAUCCAUUCUCCAGUAGUAUCUAUCUAUAUGUGUUGCCAUGCAAAGAAUGUAGGACCAAAUAACUAUUUAAAAUGACUUUGUUGUAUCUGCAGAACCUCUGCUGUCUAACACAACAAAGGUCAGAUAACACAAGAUUGAGUUUAGAAGUUGAAGGGUCAUUUGAGUGGAUGAUGUGUAAAUGGCAACGGUAAGUGCUGGAUCGUCUGAGUGGCUCAAUAUAUGUAGAAUCAGCUGUGAGCAGUCUUUUGGUUUACUUGAUGCAAGAUACAAGCCAGUCCUGCAUACAGCCCCGUGUAUGUUUUAUUCCUGUAAGUCACAGUAGAGUGUGUCCAAAUGUACCUGAAAUGUUUACUUCAAGUAUUGAAAUCACAAAGUACGGCAUUAACAUGUAUAAGUAUACAUGGACAGUAUUGUAAUGUCUUAGUAUCCAGCCAUGUGAAAUCCUUAAACUGCUCUAGAUAUAAUACUCUAUCUAGGUUAUACUUGCCAAUCCUACAGAUCUGUUGAAGAGACUUGCUUGACCUCCAAUUCAUUUUGUUUUUCUACUAAAAACAAUAAAA